UUGAAUUUCCCCCUGGUCUCGGGGAAUCAAAUUACUCCUUCACCCGCUAGAGGGCGCUGCUGUGCCCAGCGCUUCAGCAACGCGCUUCUUCGCAGCUCUCAUGACAGCAGAGAACCAGGAAAGGGUUGACGAAUGUGUUGUUGUUUUGAGCUAAAACAGAUUGCAUGAGUGCAGUGCAACAGCAGAGGGAUGUUGCAGUGCGUUUGUCACCACUGACUUCUGCAUUGUGAGACUGACCGUAGUUUGACCGUAUAGGUCAGAUCAUGUCUGCAGCCUGUCCCCCGCAGUCUCCAGCUGUAGCUAAGACUGAAGUGCUGGUUGAGGACUGGUGUCCCGUGCUGGCUGCAACCUUCGCUUACUGGGACAACAUCCUGGGACCUCGUGUACGCCACAUCUGGGCGCCCAAAGGUCAAGGGUUGUCGCUGCUCAGUGAUGGAGAGGUCACGUUUCUGGCCAAUCAUACGCUGAACGGCGAGAUUUUGCGAAAUGCGGAGAGCGGCGCAGUGGAUGUGAAAUUCUUCGUCUUGGCGGAAAAGGGAGUCAUCAUCGUCUCACUGAUUUUUGAUGGAGAACUCAAGGGUGAUAAGAACACUUGCGCUCUGUCAAUCAUCCUGCCACAGUCAGAGCUCAGUUUCUACCUGCCACUGCACAGCGUGUGUGUGGAGAGACUCAAACACAUUAUCCGCAAGGGACGCAUCUGCAUGCAGAAGGGUUACAACAUAAUCUCUAUGUUGUCAUCUGAGAUUGUUCCCAUAAUGGAGCUUCUCACUUCCAUGAAGAAACACAGUGUACCAGAGGAGGUGGAUCUAAAGGACACUGUGCUCAACGAUGAUGAUAUUGGAGACAGCUGUCAUGAAGACUUUUUGCACAAGGCUAUCAGCUCUCAUCUUCAGACGUGUGGCUGCUCCAUGGUGGUUGGCAGCAAUCCUGAGAAAGUCAAUAAGAUCGUGCUCACGCUGUGUCUCUUCCUCACUCCUGCGGAGAGAAAGUGCUCUCGACUCUGUCACCCCGAUGGCUCGUUUAAAUAUGACACCGGUCUCUUUGUUCAGGGCCUCCUUAAGGACUCCACUGGCAGCUUUGUGUUACCCUACCGGCAGGUGCUCUACUCCCCGUACCCCACCACCCACAUCGACGUGGACAUUAACACAGUGAAGCAGAUGCCACCCUGCCACGAGCACACGUAUCAUCAGCGGCGCUACAUGCGCUCGGAGCUCAGUGCCCUUUGGAAGGCCGCCAGCGAGGAUGACAUCAGUUCAGACAACCUCAUCAAUGCCCAGGACUCCUUCACCCCAGACUUGAAUAUAUUUCAGGAUGUGAUGCACAAAGACACACUUGUGAAGUCCUUCAUAGAUGAGGUGUUUCUGUUGAAGCCAGGUCUUUCUCUGCGGAGUGUGUAUUUAUCCCACUUCCUUCUCCUGCUGCACAGGAAGGCCCUGACACUGCUCCGAUAUAUUGAGGAUGAUACGCAGAAGGGGAAGAAACCUUUCAGAUCUCUACGCAAUCUGAAAACUGAUUUAGACUUAACAAUGGAGGGGGAUUUGAAUAUCAUCAUGGCGAUGGCAGAGAAGCUGCGGGCAGGCCUUCACUCCUUCGUUUUUGGGAAGUCUUUCCUUACCAGCGUGCAGGAGCGUGACCUGCUCAUGAGCUUCUGACCUCUGAACCCCACACGAUCACACAACAGGAUGAUUUGGGAACUCUCGCGUCUUUGUGUUUAUUUUGAAUAUAUUUAUAUGUGCUUUUUGUUUGCAGCAUUCUGAACAAUACCCGCUGCUACUGAAAUGUCAGUUGGUGCAAUUUCCCUUUGAAGUAAUGAUAAUCAGCUUAGUGAUGCUGGUAAAUUCAUAUUUGUGUGAAAAAACUUCUUGAUGGUCCUAUGAGACACGUCUGUGACAUGUACAAAUGCUGUUUGCUAACUAACAUAACACAUACCUUCAUUCAUAACACAAGAAAUUGGUGAUGUGUAACAUGGCAAGGAACAAAAUUGCAGUAAUUUAAUCGCACUCUGUGUUCUAUUGACAUGACUUUCCUCUUGUUUAAAUUAAAGAAAGUAUGUUUUAAUUAAACUAACAUUUACUCUGUAA